AUGGCAUAUGUUGCAUGCACUUGUUGUCGCCAGAGCCUUCAUGUGCAGAGCCAACUGAAGCGUUUGAACAAAUCUCCUCUUAAAUCUAUCAAGAGUCCAGAUGGAGAUAUAAUUGAUUGCAUCCACAUUUAUGAUCGACCUGCCUUUGAUCAUCCUUUAUUGAAAAAUAAUAAAAUCCAGAAAAGACCAGCUUUGCACCCCAAGAUAACUUUUGGUAUGAGAAAUGUCUCUGUAAAACCCAUUACACAGCUUUGGCAGUUGAAUGGAGAAUGCCUCGCAGAAACAAUUCUCAUCAGAAGAACUAGAAAACGUGAUAUAUUAAGAGCAGGAUCUAUUCAAGCAUUUGGAAAAAAGAAAUAUCUCACCUUCCCUCUAUCAAAUACUACAAAAACAAUCCCUGGUCAAAAUCUUAAAGAGUAUGCAAUAGCUUACAGAGCAUCAGGGCGUAAGUAUUAUGGUGCUAAGGCAUCCUUAAGUAUAUGGAAUCCUAGAGUUGAACAACGUAACGAAUUUAGCGUAUCUCAAAUUUGGGUAUACAACCAGUUAUAUGGAGAUAACAAUACUCGGCUAUUCAUUUAUUGGACUAGCGAUAGAUAUGUGUCAACGGGUUGCUACAAUCUAUUGUGCAAAGGCUUCAUUCAAGAAAAUAAAGAAAUAGUUUUGGGAGGAACCCUUACUCAAGUUUCUGUCCAUAAUGGUGUUCAACAUGAUCUAAAAGUUUAUAUUUUUCAGGACCCAAUGGUGGGUAACUGGUGGUUGCAGUAUGGAGACAAGAUGCUGGGAUAUUGGCCAUCAUCUUUAUUUACAUAUCUGAAUGAAAGUGCGACAUCGAUUGUGAAUAGACAGGAAGGUGGACAACAUACCACAACUGAAAUGGGUAGUGGUCGUUUUCCUAUAGAAGGUUUGGGCAAUGCUGCUUACUUCAAACAUAUUCAAUAUCUUGAUCAAGAGCAGAAACUCAAGGAUGCUAGGAGUUUGCACACUGUGAUUACUCGACCCACCUGCUAUGAUCUUCGAAUUCGUUAUGGUGGCGAAAUGAAAACCCACUUCUAUCAUGGAGGUCCUGGAAGAAAUCCUGAUUGCCCAUGA